ACAGCACAUCCUGGGAAAGGGAAAGAAUUGUCUCCACUACAUUUUCACAACGCUUCCCCCCCCCCCAUCCCAUGUGAUAUCCUGACGCAGCGUCACGUUUUGCGUCGCUCUGACGCAGGGGGUUUUCGUCAUGGCGUCGAUGCAGAAAAGGCUACAAAAGGAACUAAUGGCUUUGCAAAAUGAUCCACCCCCUGGAAUGACACUCAAUGAGAAAAGUGUACAGAACACCAUCACACAAUGGAUUGUAGAUAUGGAAGGAGCCACGGGCACACUCUAUGAAGGAGAGAAAUUUCAGCUGCUUUUCAAAUUCAGUAGUCGGUAUCCUUUCGAUUCACCUCAGGUAAUGUUCAUGGGAGAGAAUAUACCUGUACAUCCUCACGUUUAUAGCAACGGUCACAUCUGUCUUUCAAUACUAACAGAAGACUGGUCGCCAGCUCUCUCAGUGCAGUCAGUCUGUCUCAGCAUUAUCAGUAUGCUGUCCAGCUGCAAAGAAAAGAGACGGCCCCCUGAUAACUCCUUUUACGUAAAAACGUGUAACAAGAAUCCGAAGAAGACAAAAUGGUGGUAUCACGAUGAUACAUGCUAAUUCACUUUCAAAAAGUCCUACUGUCCCACAUAAAGCACUUUUGAAUCAUACAGUCACUGAACUCUGACCUUUUGACUGGAACAAUGGACACCGUGAUGCCCCGGAGACUCUUUUUUUAAACAAUUUUUUUUUUAUUUUUUUAACUGCAUUUCCCAGAGGGUAGUUGGGUGCAUGUUUUUGCCGGUUGUAAUAUACAAAAUGAGAAAAUAAAGGAAAGUUAUAUGUCCCAACCACGGAUUGUUUUGGCAGCCAGCAAAAAAACAAUGGUUUUGAAGUGAAGAUUAUUGUAUUAUUAUUAUUAUUAUUAUUUUAAGAUGAUUCUUAUUUCCCUUUGUGUUUGUUUGAGUACAUUUAAAAGGUUGUCAUGUGUUGUGUAAUAAUAAUAUUAAUAACAACGGUGGAUGCAUACCAGGAAGAGGAUCUGAACAUCUAAUACCAGGAAGAGGAUCUGAACAUCUAAUACCAGGAAGAGGAUCUGAGCAUCUAAUACCAGGAAGAGGAUCUGAACAUCUAAUACCAGGAAGAGGAUCUGAACAUCUAAUACCAGGAAGAGGAUCUGAGCAUCUAAUACCAGGAACCAGGAAGAGGAUCUGAGCAUCUAAUACCAGGAAGAGGAUCUGAGCAUCUUAUACCAGGAAGAGGAUCUGAGCAUCUUAUACCAGGAAGAGGAUCUGAACAUCUAAUACCAGGAAGAGGAUCUGAACAUCUUAUACCAGGAAGAGGAUCUGAACAUCUAAUACCAGGAAGAGGAUCUGAGCAUCUAAUACCAGGAAGAGGAUCUGAGCAUCUAAUACCAGGAAGAGGAUCUGAACAUCUUAUACCAGGAAGAGGAUCUGAGCAUCUAAUACCAGGAAGAGGAUCUGAACAUCUUAUACCAGGAAGAGGAUCUGAACAUCUUAUACCAGGAAGAGGAUCUGAACAUCUUAUACCAGGAAGAGGAUCUGAACAUCUAAUACCAGGAAGAGGAUCUGAGCAUCUAAUACCAGGAAGAGGAUCUGAGCAUCUUAUACCAGGAAGAGGAUCUGAGCAUCUUAUACCAGGAAGAGGAUCUGAGCAUCUAAUACCAGGAAGAGGAUCUGAGCAUCUAAUACCAGGAAGAGGAUCUGAGCAUCUAAUACCAGGAAGAGGAUCUGAGCAUCUUAUACCAGGAAGAGGAUCUGAGCAUCUUAUACCAGGAAGAGGAUCUGAGCAUCUUAUACCAGGAAGAGGAUCUGAACAUCUUAUACCAGGAAGAGGAUCUGAGCAUCUUAUACCAGGAAGAGGAUCUGAGCAUCUUAUACCAGGAAGAGGAUCUGAGCAUCUAAUACCAGGAAGAGGAUCUGAGCAUCUAAUACCAGGAAGAGGAUCUGAGCAUCUUAUACCAGGAAGAGGAUCUGAACAUCUUAUACCAGGAAGAGGAUCUGAACAUCAUCUCCGUGUAAAGCCCAACGGUGUGUGAGAACAUCAUCUCCGUGUAAAGCCCAACGGUGUGUGAGAACAUCAUCUCCGUGUAAAGCCCAACGGUGUGUGAAAACAUCAUCUCCGUGUAAAGCCCAACGGUGUGUGAAAACAUCAUCUCCGUGUAAAGCCCAACGGUGUGGUGUGUGAAAACAUCAUCUCCGUGUAAAGCCCAACGGUGUGGUGUGUGAAAACAUCAUCUCCGUGUAAAGCCCAACGGUGUGGUGUGUGAAAACAUCAUCUCCCUGUAAAGCCCAACGGUGUGGUGUGUGAAAACAUCAUCUCCGUGUAAAGCCCAACGGUGUGGUGUGUGAAAACAUCAUCUCCGUGUAAAGCCCAACGGUGUGGUGUGUGAAAACAUCAUCUCCGUGUAAAGCCCAACGGUGUGGUGUGUGAAAACAUCAUCUCCGUGUAAAGCCCAACGGUGUGGUGUGUGAAAACAUCAUCUCCGUGUAAAGCCCAACGGUGUGUGCAAACUGUUGUGAUUCAUUUGUAUGAUACGUUGGUUUGGUUUGUUUUUGAUGAGAUUAAUGCUUUAAUCUCCUAAAAACAUAUUUUACGAUGUUUGUCUUGUUGGUUUUUGGUACUGUUUUUCAGCGAGCUGACACUUGUUUUUUAUUUUUUUUAUUUUUUUUUUUAAAGGGGGAGUUGUGUAUUUAAUGAACAUCUUUGAUUUUGAUCUCCAGAGUGGUAGUAACAGUGAAAGGAAUCAGAACUGUUGUUUAGACUGAUUCCCUGGUCAGCGAUUGGCUCGACUGAUUCCCUGGUUUGAGAUUGGCUCGACUGAUUCCCUGGUCAGAGAUUGGCUCGACUGAUUCCCUGGUCAGCGAUUGGCUCGACUGAUUCCCUGGUCAGCGAUUGGCUCGACUGAUUCCCUGGUCAGAGAUUGGCUCGACUGAUUCCCUGGUCAGCGAUUGGCUCGACUGAUUCCCUGGUCAGAGAUUGGCUCGACUGAUUCCCUGGUCAGAGAUUGGCUCGACUGAUUCCCUGGUCAGAGAUUGGCUCGACUGAUUCCCUGGUCAGCGAUUGGCUCGACUGAUUCCCUGGUCAGCGAUUGGCUCGACUGAUUCCCUGGUCAGCGAUUGGCUCGACUGAUUCCCUGGUCAGCGAUUGGCUCGACUGAUUCCCUGGUCAGAGAUUGGCUCGACUGAUUCCCUGGUCAGCGAUUGGCUCGACUGAUUCCCUGGUCAGAGAUUGGCUCGACUGAUUCCCUGGUCAGCGAUUGGCUCGACUUAUUCCCUGGUCAGCGAUUGGCUCCACUGAUUCCCUGGUCAGCGAUUGGCUCGACUGAUUCCCUGGUCAGAGAUUGGCUCGACUGAUUCCCUGGUCAGAGAUUGGCUCGACUGAUUCCCUGGUCAGAGAUUGGCUCGACUGAUUCCCUGGUCAGAGAUUGGCUCGACUGAUUCCCUGGUCAGCGAUUGGCUCGACUGAUUCCCUGGUCAGCGAUUGGCUCGACUGAUUCCCUGGUCAGCGAUUGGCUCAGGUACUUUUUUUUCAAUACGAGCUCACCUUUGAAAAAGAUAUCCUCCUGUCAAGAUAUUUUGCAUUUUAACUAUAUUUUCACCAAAAAAAAGAGACUUAUGUUGUUAAAUUACAGCGUAUGAACCUAUUAUAUAUAAGUCUUAAAUUGUUUAAAUGACGGUAUUACGGAAGUUGGAAAUGGGUGCGUUAAUUUUUUUUACUAAUUAGAGUGAUUAAUAGGAGUGUUUUUGAGUUUCUCUGCAAUGUUUCUGGUCAAUAGGAUGUGUACAACUACAUAGUUUUCAACAACAUCUCUACUGUUGGUCUGACGAGGUUGGUAUGCUUGCCGAGUUUAUAUGGACUUUUGUGCCAUUUUUUAUAUUAUCAAGCGAAACUAAUGAAGUCUAAAACAAAUGUCUUUUUAGUUUUGCCACAAAAAAAAAAAAAAAACAAAAGUAUUGAGAGAAAAAAAAUAUAUAUAUACCGCAAGGAAAUCAUUUUGAAGUGUGUGAACCACUUAAUUCAGAAUUAUUAUUUUAAAUUAUAACUAUUGUGAUUAAACGCCUUCUCCUUUGCCUGCAUUAUUAUAAUAAAUCAUAAUAAUUGCCGGUUUUGGCACCUUCAUUCCAGCAACAAAGCACCCUGCACGUUUUCCUCUGAAGCUAAGCAGGGUCCUGGUUCGUCCCUGGAUGGGAGACCAGCUGGAAGUGGUGAUGGAGGGUUAGUCGGGGGGGCAGCAGGCAAAGAGGGAGGCGUUUGAACUCAGUGUUUCACUGAAAACUAUAUUUUUUUUACGUCAUUUGUUCACGCAUUUCAAAAUGUAUUUCCUUGAAUAUUAUUGCACUCAAUACUUUUGGGUUUAUUUUGCUUUCGAUUUGGUUCUCUGACUUCAGAAGUUUUGCUUGAUAUUAAUGGCACAAAAAGAACUCCCUAUUCCCUAUAUAGUGCACUACUUUAGACCAGGACCCUAUAGAACCAUAUUCCCUAUAUAGUGCACUACUUUAGACCAGACCCUAUAGAGCCCUAUUCCCUAUAUAGUGCACUACUUUAGACCAGGACCCUAUAGAGCCCUAUUCCCUAUAUAGUGCACUACUUUAGACCAGGACCCUAUAGAGCCCUAUUCCCUAUAUAGUGCACUACUUUAGACCAGGACCCUAUAGAGCACUAUUCCCUAUAUAGUGCACUACUUUGACCAGAGCCCUAUGGAACCCAAUUCCCUAUAUAGUGCACUACUUUAGACCAGGACCCUAUAGAGCCCUAUUCCCUAUAUAGUGCACUACUUUGACCAGAGCCCUAUGGAACCCAAUUCCCUAUAUAGUGCACUACUUUAGACCAGGACCCUAUAGAGCCCUAUUCCCUAUAUAGUGCACUACUUUGACCAGAGCCCUAUGGAACCCAAUUCCCUAUAUAGUGCACUACUUUAGACCAGGCCCCUAUAGAGCCCUAUUCCCUAUGGAGUGCACUACUUUGACCAGAGCCCUAUGGAACCCAAUUCCCUAUAUAGUGCACUACUUUAGACCAGGGCCCAUAUUCUGGUUUAAAGUAGUGCACUAUAUAGGGAAUAGGGUUCUAUAGAGCUCUGGUCUAAAGUAGUGCACUAUAUAGGGAAUAGGGUUCUAUUUGGGAAAGUAAACCACAGUCUGUCACAUUAUGACAUUUGGUACAAAAAAAAGCCUUCAUCCACAGACCAGCAGACUCUGGAUAAGAGCGUCUGCUAAAUGACUUAAAUGUAAAUGAUGUUAAAACCAGGAAUGGAUCUGUCAACAGGAUUCGGAUGGCUCUCUUUGUGUUCUACUUUUAUUUUCCUGAUUUUUAUUUAGUUUAUAUAUAUAUAUAUUUUUUUCCCAUUUUAAUGUGGUUUGGAUUCUUGGCCUGCAGAUUGUGAUUGAUCAAUAUUGAUUAUUGGUAAUAUUGUUAUAUUUCCUAAUAUAUUUUGAGAUAUACAAGCUCCAUGUCAGAGAUGUCUGUUCAUUUUAAUAAUCAAUAAUAAAAAUGCGGAGGUUCACUUUUUAAAAAAUUCA